UUGAACAUACAAGAAUGUCGAACAUGUGCAACAUCGGUGCCUCAGGUGAGCGAGGCGCCCGACGCGCUGGACGACAGCGCGGCGGGCGGCGCGCCCUACGCCGCGCUGUCGGCGUGCGCGGCGCUGCGGGCGGCCGGCCUGCCUCCGCGCCCCACGCCGCGCGCAGCCGCCGCGCCGCGCGUGCUGCUGCUGGGCCUGGGCGGCGUCGGGCACGCCGCCUUGCAGCUGCUGGUGUACUCGGGCGCGCGGGUGACGGUGGGGUGCGCGGGCGAGAUGUGUGCGCGCGCGCUGGCGCUGGGCGCGGCGGCGGCGCUGGACCGGCACGCCGCCGACUACGACCGCCAACUGGAGGAGUUUGGCCCGUACGACGCCAUCCUGGACUGCGCCGGGCUGGGCGGCGCGGCGGCCGGCGCGCGCGCCUGGCGCUUCGCCCGCUACGUGACGCUCAGCCCGCCGCUGCUGCGCGAGACGGACCGCCGCGGGCUGGUGGCCGGCGCGGCCGCCGCCGCGCUGCGCCUCGCCGCGCACUCGGCCGCCGCCGCGCGCGCCGCGCCCCCCGCGCCCGCCGCGCCCACCGCGCCCACCGCGCCCACCGCGCCCGCCGCGCUGUGCCCGCCGCACGUGCGCUGGGCGUUCUUCGCGCCCUCCGCGCACGACCUGCAGCUGCUGCGCCGACUGGCGGACGCCGGCAAGUUCUCGGUGGCGGUGGAGCGCGUGUUUCCGUGGUGGGAGGGGCGGGCGGCGUACGCGCGCGCGGCGGCGGGCGGCGCGCGCGGCAAGCUGCUGCUGCACAUGGCCGCCGCCGCACCCGCCGCACCCGCCGCACCCGCCGCACCCGCCGCACCCCCUGCACACCACACAUCUUAGAUUAUGUAAUACUUGCAUUUUUUAAAAUAAAGUUAUAAAACAUA